AUGACCGACCGAGGCAAUCCAGCGAAGGCCCAAACUUACUUGACUUCAUCUUCUCUUUCAACAUUGUCCCAUGAGUCAGCCUCGAACGCUGCCCGACCCCGGAAUCGUCGCGUCGAGACUAUUGACGAGACGUACAACCCGCCAACGACAACUGGGAUUACGAAGAGCAGUGGAACCUCAUACCCCAUACAAGGCGCUACGCAUGGGAACAAAACCGUCCCCCUGACAUUGGAAAGGUCUCAGGAAGAUCAAAUUCCAAAUCAAGGCUCAACGGGUGGCGACCUUGCGCAAUUUUUAGGAGAUUCUUGGACUCAGAGCUGGACCUCAGUUCAAGCGUUUGCUUCGACAUUGAUUUCCGGCGUCGAUAACUCUCCCAAAGCAAUUCGAUCGACACAUCUCUACCCUCGCACUCCCCGCGGUUCCCGAUCAGAGACAUGGGGGCCAUCGCCGCCAUCAGGAGGACAGAGGAAUAACGAUGUUGGGGUGGGAUCCCUGGCCAAGAGACGGGACGCUCUGAAAGCCGCAAAAACGGCGAGUAUAUUGGAAAGCCAUGAGGGGGUGAAUGGUGGCCUCGAUGUCAUCGGGAAGCAUAAGCGGCGUACAUCGGAUGAGAUCCGCCCCUUGGACCCGGAACCUGAGGAGCAUCUGGUUUACGUUCAUAAUGUCGAACCGAGCGAUACUUACGCCGGUAUAAUACUUCGAUAUAAGUGCCGGGAAGAUAUUUUCCGGAAGUCCAACGGCCUUUGGUCUCGAGACAGCGUCCAGAUGCGCAAGUGGCUAAUCAUCCCUGUGGAUGCUUGCGAGAUAAAAGGACGGCCAUGCGAUCCACCAUCAUGGUCUGACGAACGUGAAGCAGAUCUCUUGACACGAAAUUCCUCGAUCGCUAGAGAAUCCUCAUUUGCUACAGAUGGUUCGUAUAGAGGAACUCUCAGCCUGUCGGCUGACUCUUCACACAUAGAUGCAAAGCAAGAGCGAGCAGAAGAUCUCCCUUGGUCCCAUGUUCGCUGGGUUCAUAUCGAUUCAUUCAGACAGCCGGUUGAAAUUGUUCGGGUGGCACGACAAGCUCUAGGUUACUUUCCACCACGACGGAAAAAGAGUAUUAGGACUGCAUCGCCAAUAUCCACUCCAAGACAGAGCUCAGAUCUGUCAAGCCUCGCUCCAAAUUCUACCGAACGUCCUUCAACUCAUCGGUUAAGCUCGGUCAGUGGUCAUCCUCUGAUUCCCGGCACACCAAUGUCAUCCCAGAGUCGGGCUGGAAGUGAGGCAACUAACAGCCGGCCUGCAUGGAUGCGACGACCGGGUGGUGUGGGCUCUAUGAGCAGAACUGUGAGAGCACCUGGGCCGGAUACAGAUUAUUUCAACUCUUGGACAAGAAAACACAUCCCGGGUCUCGAUAUGGAAGCCUUGCCUUCGAUGUCUGUAAUGGGCUCAGAGACCGCAAAUUUUGGUUUUGGGCAAAGCGCAUCUGGCAUUGUUGAAAGCCCGUUUGAAAACUGCAGAAAUGCGUCCUCUACCUCUCGACAAGGUACUGGUCUAGAUAGGGCAGCAGCAGCAGUUGAACACUGGCUGCGUGGAGCCUUGGCCAAGCGUCCUAGUACACCGCUGCUGGGAAGCCGUCUGCGGCCCACGGGCCUGUCAGCAGACCCAGAUGCCACCGAUUUAAUCGAGUUGACAGACACAGCAAGUGAUGAUGGCAAGGCGGCACGCCCCGUUUCCACAAGCAUUUUGGGCUCAGGACACUCUGUGACUACGGGGAGGACUGAUGGUGGUCUAAGAAUUAAAGGCAGGAACAAGUUCGGCGUCGAUGACAGGGCUACCCAUAAAAAGGACGAUUGA